GGCCACUUAGGGUCUCCCCGUUUGGCACAGCGCAGGAACGACGAACAUUGUCAAUUCGCCGCCCCUUCUCGUCAUGCCUGGUCGCCAAUCCCACGGGAGGCCGCUGCUUGCCAGCUCGGGACCUCGAAGCUCCAAGAAAUCCAAGUCGAAAUCCAGGGGCAAAGCCCUCGAUGCCUUUGCCCUUGCCCAAGAGCAGGUACCUGAUACUACUACCAAGGGCGUCCGAACGCGAGGUCUUGAACCUGAGCCGACCGAGCGCAACCAAAAGAGGCACCGCCUGGACGACGAGGAAGGCGAUGACGACGAUGACGACGACGGAGGCGAUGAUCUGUCUGGAGGUCCGCAGAAGAAACGGCCUCGAAAGGAUGACGAGAGUUUUGACGGCCUCUCGGAGGGAGAUAGCGAUGGAGACGCAUGGCAUAUAGGUGUGGAUGAUGAUGACGACGACUCCGAGAUUGAUAGCGACGACGCCUUUGGUGAGAGCGACGACGAGAGAUUCGCUGGCUACGCCUUUCGGGGUAGCAGCUCGAAGGAUGUGCGCGGCAAGACCGGCGACGGUUCGGACGGCGAGGAUGGCGAAUCUCUUGGCUCGGACGCCAUCGAUCUUGCACAGGCACUUGACCAGGUGUCGGACGAUGAUGAGGAGUCAGAGGGUGGAUCGGGCUCCGGCUCGGAAGAGGAGGAUGAGUCUAGCACGGGGCCAGAAUCAGAUGACGACGACGAGGAGGAGGAUUCCGCGCAACGAGAAGCAUUGAAAGCACUGAUAUCUGGCUUCGCCGGUGAGGACGAGGACGGAGACGAGGCAGACCAAUCAACAUCGCAACAGAGAGCCAAGAUUGACCUGAAGGACCUGGGACUGUUCGGAGUCAAGGAUCCUCACAUUAAGAAAUCGCUCAAACUGAUGAACAAGGAGGAAAAAACGACUACGCGAGGCACAUCUAAGAAACUUGACAUACCACUACCCAGGCGACAGCAGGAAAAGCUACAGCGAAGCGCGGCUUACGAAAAGACCUCGGAGACACUGAACCGCUGGACAGACACAGUCAAGCAUAACCGGCGAGCUGAGCACCUCUUCUUCCCGCUUGCUCAAAACAAGCACGAUGCCGGCCUGGACAACGGAGAAUUGCUACCUCUAGACAAGAAAUCUUCUGGUACGGAGCUGGAGCAAACUAUCAUGGCCAUCAUGGAGGAGAGCGGCCUGGGUCCCUCCAAGCCCAAGGAGAACAAAGAUGGUAGCGGUGAGGAUGGCCAACAACCGUCCAUAUCCCGCGAGGAACUCAAGGAGCUGUGGAACCAGCGCCGGCGGGGUCGAGAGCUUCAAUCCCGUGAGCUGGCGAGAGCAAAGCGUAUCAAGAAGAUCAAGAGCAAGGCCUAUCGCCGGGUUCACCGCAAAGAAAAUAUGCGUGACGAGUUGGCGGCUAAGGAGGCCAUGAUCGAGGCUGGCGAGAUUGAUUCGGAAGAGGAGCGCGAAUUCCAGGACCGACGGCGCGCAAUGGAACGGAUGGGCUCGAAGCACAAGGAGAGCAAAUGGGCAAAGAUGGGCUCGAAAGCUCGCCGUGCCGUGUGGGACGAUGACUUCCGUUCCGGCCUUACAGAGAUGGCGCAGAUGGAUGCAGAGCUACGUCGUCGUGUCGAGGGCAAGACGAAGGGUUCGGACGACGAGGAUGACGAGGAUGACGACGGUUCGGGCGAGUCGGGAGACGAAGAUGGCGGGAGGGAGCGCCUUCUCAAGGAUUUGGAGCGUGCCGCCGAAGAGGAUCCGACCCCUAGAUCCGGUCUCAUGAAGAUGAAGUUCAUGCAGCGAGGCGAGGAGGCGAUGAAGAAGGCGAAUGACGAGUUGGUCAACCAGAUUCGUCGGGAAUUGGCAUCUGAUGCCGAAGAGGAGGACGAGGAGGACGAGGAGGAAGUUGAUAUCGGCCGCCGGCAGUAUGGCAUGGCAAACGCAAAUGCCCCGAAGUCCUCCAAGACUGGCGGGGUAAAGGGCAAGGAAGAAAAGAGCUCCGCAACCAAUAUCCUGCCGUCCAAGUGGAGCCGAUCCCAGCUACAAGGCGCGGUGAGCGGACCACCAGAGGCAGACACUGAGUAUCAUAACUCUGUCUCUGGUGCCGCGGGCGCCUGGUCCCGGGCAGGCAAAAAGCCACGUAAGGACAAGAGGGCCCCCGACGCCAAGGUCGAGGAGCUUGACCUCUCAAAUGCCGCGGUCCUAGCCACGAAGCGGACGAAGCCUAAGCAGGAGGCCGACGGCCAGGCUGCCGGGAACUUCUCCGAGGACGAGGAGGAAGUGCAUCUCCCAAUGGCCAUCAAGGACCAGGAACUCAUCAAGCGGGCCUUUGCAGGUGAGGACGUGGUGGGCGAAUUUGUACGGGAAAAGGCUGCGCUGGUUGAGGAGGACGAGGACAAGGAGGUCGACAACACGCUUCCCGGCUGGGGCAGCUGGGUCGGCGAGGGCGUCAGCAGCAGGGAUAAGAAACGGCACACGGGGAGGUUUAUCACGAAGGUCGAGGGCGUGAAAAAGAAGGAUCGAAAGGACUUCAAGCUGGAGCGUGUUAUCGUGAACGAGAAGCGAGUGCGGAAGAACGACAAGUACCUCGCCUCUCAACUGCCUCACCCCUUUGAAUCACGCCUCCAAUACGAGCGUUCGUUGCGACUGCCCGUGGGGCCAGAGUGGAUGACCAAGGAAACGUUCCAGGAUGCGACGAAGCCGAGGGUUAUCCUCAAGCCCGGCGUCAUCGCACCCAUGUCCAAGCCGAUGGUGUGAGAGCGCCUUCCUCAGGGAUGAGCUGGCCGACGUUGCCGCAGAAGCUUCCCAUAGAUCUUACCCGGUGUGUGGGCCGAGCCCAACGCUUAGCUUGUCUUGUAAAUAUUACGACGAGUUCUUCUCCCAUGCCAAAGUUGACACUAUGACUACUGAUAUCUUCGUAGGCCUGGUCUUUGGUUACGAGGGUCUGGCCGAAUCAUGUUCAUGUGAAAGUGAUAAGGCACCUGCACAUGUGCUUAAGCCAGGUCAGUCAGAAGUAGCAUGUCAUGAUCAGGCAGGGAUGUGUUGGAAGUUAUCAGCAGGCUGCAUUCCAACCCCUGAAAGUUGGGAUCCAUAUCUCCCUCGCUAUCCCAAAGUGAAGAUACACGGUUUCCACUUGACUGUCCUAAGAACUGCCAGGUUGGACAGGAUAGCGACAAGCAAGCAUGACUGGAUUGCAAACGGGUGCCGCAAC